UUCCAAAACUUCCAAAAGAUCAAGUCCAUCUCAGAGUCAUACACACACGGAGAGCGUGACUCCGACUCGGCGACUCAGAAGUGGUUCACCGCCUCACUCUCUCUCUUUUCCGGCGAGCCUUGUUCUCUCCGGCCGCGAAAGAUCGGAGUCCGAUUCGAGCAUUUCCCUCCUUCAAAUGAGUAUCGUCCGAUCUUGUAACUCACUCGCAGCGAUUCGUGUAUAGCUCGACCUCCAUGGCCAUCCGAGGCGUCGAUUUCAAGUGGUACGAUGGAUUCUUCUUGUCGAUGCUCGCCACCAGUGUAGUAAUUGUGGCGAUUAAUUGGAAGCGGUACCAUACUUGUACAUAUCCGUUGCAUAUAUGGAUCGUGGUUGAUUACACUACAGUGUUUGUUUUUCGCUUGUUGAUGUUUGUUGAUAAUGGACUGGCAGCUGGAAUGGGAUUGGAUUUUGGGUGGCAGCAAAGAUAUGCUCGUUUCUGUGGAAGAGUAGUGGUCAUUUCAAUUCUUUCUCUGCUACUCUAUCCAUUUCUUUGGGCUUGGACGGUAAUUGGGACUCUGUGGUUUAGAAGCUCGAAGGAUUGCUUGCCUGAAGCUGGACAGAAAUGGGGUUUCCUUAUUUGGUUGCUUUUUAGUUACUGUGCACUGCUUUGCAUUUCGUGCAUGUCACUUGGGAAGUGGUUGACACGAAGACAGGCACACUUAUUGCGUGCUCAACAAGGGAUUCCUAUAUCAGAAUUUGGGAUUUUAGUUGAUAUGAUCCGGGUGCCAGAUUGGGCAUUUGAAGCUGCGGGUCAAGAGGCAAGAGGAAUGGGUCAAGAAGCUGCAUACCAACCUGGACUUUACUUGACAACGGCACAGAGAGAAGCAGUGGAAGCACUCAUUCAGGAGCUUCCAAAGUUCAGGUUGAAGGCCGUUCCAACGGAUUGCAGUGAAUGUCCAAUCUGCUUAGAAGAGUUCUAUGAAGGCAAUGAGGUUCGGGGCCUACCGUGCGCUCACAACUUCCAUGUAGAAUGCAUCGAUGAGUGGCUUCGAUUGAAUGUGAAAUGCCCUCGGUGCCGUUGCUCAGUCUUUCCCAAUCUCGACCUCAGUGCUAUAUCCAAUCUCCGUGCCGAGUCUGAACGGUCAUCUGUCACGUUGACUGCCAACCGGUAUGUUAGAGCCCAACCAUCCAGUCAGAGCUAUCUGCUGAGAUUGCAAGGUGUGCUCCAGCCAGUCCAUUCAGAAACUGCAAGCAAUGACACAGACACUGCUUUGGCAACUGCCGAGAAUGGGGAUGUUGCCUCGUCUAGCCGGGAUCCAUUGAGCCAACGGCAGGUCCCUUCUGUUGGACAUGUUAUAGUUGUUGAGUCCGCCUCCUCUCCACAACAGCAACGAUAGACAGUCUCAAAACUUAACUGCGGUUUCUAACCCUCGUGCCAAAGAAGGCUUAUUGGUGUUAUUACUCUGUACCAGGCCAUCACCACGGUUAUCUUUGUAAUGAUUUACGGAUUCGUGGUUAACAAAAUGCUGAUUAGAUACUCAUGGUAAGAUACUUCAAUGAUCCUUUUCUCUGUUGGCUCUUUCCAGAAGUUUUCUAUUUCCA